AUGGAGGCGGCCGGGGCUGAGGGGGAUGUGGCGGCGGAGCUGCGGCAGCGGCUGGCGGCGGGCGGGCAGGACCAUGUGCUGCGCUUCUGGCCCGAGCUGGACGGCGCGGCCCGCCGGGCGCUGGCGGCCGAGCUGUGCCGCAUGGACGUGGCCGAGAUCAACCGCUUCUUCCGCCGCGCCCGCGGGGACGGCGGCGGGGCGGCGGCGGCAGCAGGGCUGGAUGCGCGCAUGGAGCCGGUGCCGCGGGACGUGCUGGGCAGCGCCUCCCGCGACCGCGGGCUGGUGCCGCGCUGGGAGAGCCGCGGGCUGGCGGAGAUCGCGGCGAGCCGCGUGGCCGUGCUGCUGCUGGCCGGCGGGCAGGGCACCCGCCUCGGCGUCCCCUACCCCAAGGGCAUGUGCGACGUGGGGCUGCCCUCCCGCAAGACCCUCUUCCACCUCCAGGCCCAGCGCCUGCGGCGGCUGCAGCAGAUGGCGGAGGAGCAGCACGGCACUCCCUGCCACAUCCCCUGGUACAUUAUGACAAGUGGCCGCACUAUGGAGUCCACCAAGGAGUUCUUCCAGAAACAUCGGUAUUUUGGCUUGAAGAAGGAGAAUGUCAUCUUCUUCCAGCAGGGCAUGCUGCCUGCCCUGGGAUUCGAUGGGAAAAUCCUGCUGGAGGAGAAGGGCAAGAUUGCCAUGGCACCAGACGGCAACGGGGGCCUGUACCGGGCGCUGGGCUCCCACGGCAUCGUGGACGACAUGGAGCGGAGGGGCGUGCACAGUGUCCAUGUCUACUGUGUGGACAACAUCCUGGUGAAGGUGGCUGACCCCAGGUUCAUUGGAUUCUGCUUGGAGAAGGGAGCAGACUGUGGGGCCAAGGUGGUGGAGAAGACGAACCCCACGGAGCCGGUGGGCGUGGUGUGCCGCGUGGACGGCGUGUACCAGGUGGUGGAGUACAGCGAGAUCUCCCUGGGCACUGCCCAGCGGCGCGGCCCCGACGGGCGGCUGCUCUUCAACGCGGGCAACAUCGCCAACCACUACUUCACCACUGCCUUCCUCAAAGAUGUGGUCAACACUUACGAACCACAGCUGCAGCACCAUGUGGCUGAGAAGAAGAUCCCACAUGUGGACAUCGCUACAGGGCAGCUAGUCCAACCUGAGAAGCCCAACGGGAUUAAGAUGGAGAAGUUUGUCUUUGACAUCUUCCAGUUUUCCAAGAGGUUUGUGGUGUACGAGGUGCUGCGUGAGGAUGAGUUCUCCCCUCUGAAGAACGCGGACAGCCAGAACGGCAAGGACAACCCCACCACAGCACGGCAUGCCUUGAUGUCCCUGCACCACUGCUGGGUUCUCAAUGCAGGGGGGCACUUCGUGGAUGAAAAUGGCACACGCAUCCCUGCCAUCCCUCGCCUGAAGGAUGCAAACGACCUGCCAAUCCAGUGUGAAAUUUCUCCCCUUGUCUCUUAUGGAGGAGAAGGCUUGGAGCAGCUGGUGAAGGACCGAGAGUUCCGCACGCCUCUGAUCAUUGACGAGGAUGGCAUCCACGAGCUGGUGAAGAACGGGCUGUAGUGGUGCCCAGGGGUGCCCAGGCAGGGCUGCCCAUGCCGCCAGGAACCGGGGCACACCAAGUGGAUAACUGGGCCUAGCAGGGACUGCUCCUGCUUGCUCUGGCCCUCUGCAGAGGAGGAUUUGACCCACUUGGUUCUUGGCAUGUUGUAUGCUUCUAUUUAUAUUUUAAUUUAAAAACCAAACGCUACAGAUUCCCCUGCCACAAAGCACAGCUGUGGUGCUGCCCUUUGCACUCCAGGCUGUGGGCAUUUAUUUUUAAACAUGUGUAUAGUAAUAGUCAUUGUACAUGCAGAUUGGGGAUUUUUAUGAUAUGGGGCUGGGUUUAAUCUAGAAUUUUUAUUUUUCUGAAAUCUACAUGACUAUUUUUUUUUUAAUAGGGUCCUUGCCAUUGCCCAUGUCCUCCCUUUUGGUCAUCCUUUGUAUAUUGCACAACUGGAAGCACCCAAUUAAACUCUUGAGUUCCUCCUGUUUGUC